AUGUUUGUGCGCUCCGUGUUGCUGGGUGGCGCCGCUGCUCUUGGCGCCAGUGCCAUGCUGGUCGUCCCCGAGAUGGAACCUAAAGUCGAUAUUAUUGAAGAUGGAUUUGUGAAUGUCCACCCUAUGCUUUUGGAGGAUGUUCAUCAUGCGAUUGUUGACCUGCCCUGCUCUGAAUGUCCUCUCCGUGAAACCAACGACGAAGGUGUUGUCACCUGGGCGGAGGGCAAACCAUCAUCUCUGACUCUUGAUUUCUCGAUCGAAGACAACCGCCUGCUAGCCAACGGCCGUCAAAUAUUCCCACCGGCCCCGCCCAUCCCAAUUCUUGCUGUGCAACAAAAUGAAGAAGGAGAGGACUCCGCCCCCAUGCCUGUUGGGUAUGCGCUUGAAAUCAUGCCGAUGGACGCACCAUCUGACGAGCCGGGCUACGAACUCCUGGAUAUUCGAUUCACCGUUCUCGACCUGGAAACCCAUCCAGUCCCUGUCGAUACCGUUGCGAUCACCGUUCUACAGGCUCCCAACGGCGAGCUCUUCAUCGCUAGGACUGAAAUCGAAAACACCACCCCUGCCUCCGACCGCUUGUCUUGGAAGGAGUGCCACGGCAAGGCCAAAUGCCUGCAGGAACUUCUGGUCUCUCGCAUUCGGGGCCUCUUAGCUGGCGCCAAGGCUCGUGUGAUGGGCAUGGCCAAAGCCGGCCGCAAGGGCUGCCAUGGCAAACACAAGGGCAAGAUAAUGGGCCACCACGAAGAAGGCCAUGACGGUAUGCCUUUCCCCCCCGGGCCUCCUUUCGGGAAAGAGGGCUCUGGGCGUGAGAAGUUUGGUCCCGGCGGCCACCAUGGCCACGCCCACGGCUCCGCUCGUCCCCACCAUCACCACCCACACCACGGCGCUUUCGCCCGCACUUUCUCUCGCAUUGUGCACUUUAUCGUUGUCCCAGCUGUUCUGGGUGUCCUGGCUGGAUUGACCGCUAGUGCCAUUGGCAUGCUGGUCGGCCAGGCUGUGGUCUUCCUCUGGCAACGCUACCGCGGCACCACUUCUUCGGAGCACAAGGCCGCCUGGGAGGACGGCGAGGCCUGUGAAAAGCAGGGCCUCAUGACCAUAUCUCGUCCCUCUGAGGAGUCCGAGGAGGUCCUUCCUGAAUACACUGAGCCUUCUCAGGCCCGAGGAUCACUCGAUAAGAACUAA